UUUCUAUUGAACGAACUAAGACAACGAAUAAAUAGAGAGCAAGAUUUUGCGGACAUAACAUCAUCAUCAAAACAGAACAACCCCCGUUUGUCUUUGUCCUGACAGUAUCUUCAAUGGCUUUCUGUUCGAAUCUUUGCCUACGUCUCCCCGCCACCCGCAUCGACGUUCCUUCUCCGACCACUUUCCGCUGCCGCAAACUCUUCUCCGUCCGUUGCUCCGCCGAUGCCGAUUUCGACCCAAAACUCUUCCGUAAGAAUCUCACAAGAAGUGAGAAUUAUAACCGCAAAGGCUUUGGUCAUAAAGAAGAGACCCUCAAACUCAUGAAUCGCGAGUACACAAGUGAUGUCAUCAAGACUUUGAAGGAAAAUGGGUUUGAGUAUACAUGGGGUAAUGUCACUGUGAUGCUAGCCGAAUCCUUUGGAUUUUGCUGGGGGGUUGAGAGGGCUGUUCAAAUUGCUUAUGAAGCCAGGAAACAAUUUCCUGAUGAAAAAAUUUGGAUUACCAAUGAAAUUAUCCAUAACCCAACUGUUAAUAAGCGGCUAGAGGAUAUGGAAGUACAGAAUAUUCCUAUUGGAGAAGGGAAGAAACAAUUUGAGGUUGUCAACAAGGGUGAUGUAGUCAUAUUGCCUGCUUUUGGAGCUGCAGUUGACGAGAUGUUGACUUUGAGUGAGAAAAAUGUUCAAAUCGUUGAUACAACUUGCCCGUGGGUUUCAAAGGUAUGGAAUGUUGUUGAAAAGCACAAAAAAGGAGACUAUACCUCGAUAAUUCAUGGUAAAUAUGCCCAUGAGGAAACCGUAGCAACUGCAUCUUUUGCUGGGAAGUACAUAAUUGUGAAAAAUAUGGCAGAGGCUGAAUAUGUUUGCGACUAUAUUCUUGGUGGUGAAUUUAAUGGAUCCAGUUCAACUAGAGAGGCAUUUUUCGAGAAAUUUAAAUUUGCACUUUCUAAGGGCUUUGAUCCAGACAGUGACCUGAUAAAACUUGGCAUUGCAAAUCAGACAACAAUGCUCAAGGGAGAGACUGAAGAGAUUGGCAGACUAGUGGAGAGGACUAUGAUGCGCAAAUAUGGCGUGGAAAACGUUACUGAGCACUUCAUAAGCUUCAACACAAUUUGUGAUGCUACUCAGGAGCGACAAGAUGCUAUUUACAAGCUGGUGGAGAAAGAUAUGGAUCUUAUGUUAGUUGUUGGUGGCUGGAACUCGAGCAACACAUCACAUCUACAAGAGAUAGCUGAGGAACGCGGAAUUCCUUCUUACUGGAUUGACAGCGAGCAAAGAAUUGGCCCAGGAAACAGAAUAGCAUACAAGUUGAAUCAUGGCGAGCUUGUGGAGAAAGAAAACUUUCUACCAAAGGGUCCAUUAAGGAUUGGUGUAACAUCUGGUGCAUCCACACCUGACAAGGUCGUUGAAGAUGCUCUUAUCAAGGUGUUUGAUUUGAAAAGGGAAGAAGCACUACAACUCGCGUAAUGUAGGUUUGAUACAUACAUUAUUAAAUGUAUAAAUAACAGGAUAAACUUGAAAUUACAGAAUCUGUUACAGUUGAAGAAUUUAUCAAUGAGAAGCCUCAAUGUUAUAUUA